AUUGACGCAAUAAUUGUGACUUUCCCAAUGAUUCGCAAUGGAGGUUUUAUGAGGUCUACAUCAGAUGUUGGCGUUUAUUUACAACUUCAAGUUGCGGAUGUGCUUCACCAUUAGCCGGUCGUCAUAAAUCUUCACUUUGCGUUUUGAUGCUCAAUCUGGGAAAACGCUCGAGGAUUUAAAGCGGGGGGGUUUUGCAUGCAGUUUGAGGAAGGAAAUUGUCCUCAAGCUAUCGCUAUGUAGCAAGCUAAUGUCAUAUACAUCGAUGCGGGAACUCCGGACGCUAUUCAAAAAUCAUUUACUAAGACAUGACCGAGUACAAGCUUGUGGUGGUUGGUGCAGGAGGCGUGGGGAAGAGCGCUCUUACCAUCCAGCUCAUCCAGAAUCACUUUGUGGAUGAAUACGAUCCAACCAUCGAGGACUCGUACAGGAAGCAGGUGGUGAUCGAUGGAGAGACGUGUCUGUUGGACAUCCUGGACACCGCGGGCCAGGAGGAGUACAGCGCCAUGAGGGACCAAUACAUGAGGACGGGCGAAGGUUUCCUCUGCGUCUACGCCAUCAACAAUAUCAAGUCAUUUGAGGACGUUCACCUAUACAGAGAGCAGAUCAACAGAGUGAAGGACAGCGAUAGCGUUCCCAUGGUGCUGGUGGGCAACAAAAGUGACUUGAGCUCACGCUCUGUGGAAACGCGGCAAGCGCAGGAACUGGCCCGAAGCUACGGCGUGCCCUUCGUCGAGACCUCGGCCAAAACCAGACAGGGAGUGGAGGAAGCAUUCUAUUCACUAGUAAGAGAGAUCAGAAGAUACAAGGAGACCAACCGCAGCAACAAGAAGAGCAAGAAGAACACUCCGAGGCGUUGCAUGAUAUUAUAGCACGUCUUCAUACACACAAGCAAGCCCCUCCAAUAUGUCAGGUGGACCAGCAGCUCUCCCGCGUUUAUCCGUUCAAUGCUGUGAAUGUCCAGACCAAACUGUAUUGUUCGCUAGGUUUUUACCAGCAGCAUUCAAUCUUUUUUUUUUUUUUUUUUUUUUUUAAGAAAAUAAACAUUUCUCUGAUUGA